CUGAAACGUACGAUGUUUCAUGUAAAGAAAACUUCCAAAUGCGGGCAGUACUUAUGUGGACAAUAAGUGAUUUCCCAGCAUAUGGUAUGUUAUCUGGAUGGACAACACAUGGAAGGCUAUCAUGUCCAUAUUGUCAAGAUAACACUGAUGCUUUCCAACUAAAACAUGGAAGGAAAACGUGUUGGUUUGACUGUCACAGGAGAUUCCUACCACCAGAUCAUCCAUAUCGCAGGAGUAGGAAUUUAUUUACGAAGAACAAGAGGGUGUUUGAUGAUCCAACACCGGAAAUCAGUGGGAGAGAAAUGUUGACACAACUAAGAGAUUUUGGUGCAGAAAGGACCCCAGACGUGGGUGGACAUGUGCAUUAUCCGGUAGAUGCUGUUGGAGAUCUACAUAACUGGCACAAAAAGAGUAUUUUCUGGGAUCUGCCAUACUGGAAGGAUCAUCUGCUGAGGCAUAAUUUAGAUGUCAUGCAUAUUGAGAAGAACUUUUUCGACAACCUGAUGAACACGAUCCUUAACGUUCAAGGUAAAACCAAGGAUAAUUUGAAGUCAAGACUGGAUUUAGUCGAUAUAUGUGCUCGUGAAGAACUUCAUGUUGAUGAGAAUGGCAGGGCUCCUUUUCCCAUAUACCGACUUGAUGCAGCGGCCAAAGAUGCGUUCUUUGAUUGGAUUUCAAAGGAUGUGGAAUUUCCAGACGGUUAUGCAUCUAAUUUGGGUAACUGUGUCGACAGAAGGGAAGGAAAGUUUACCGGCUUAAAGAGUCACGAUUGCCAUGUAAUGAUGCAGCGCCUCCUUCCGUUCGCCUUCAAGGAACUAUUACCAAAGAAUGUUUAUGAAGCAGUUGCCGGGAUAAGUGCUUUCUUCCGAGAUUUAUGCACGAGAUCAGUUACUCCUGAAUGUAUUGAAAACUUGAAGACUAACAUAGCCGUGAUUAAGUGCAACCUUGAGAAGAUAUUUCCUCCUUCAUUUUUUGAUGUUAUGGAGCAUCUUGUUAUUCACCUGCCAAGAGAAUUGGAACUUGGUGGUCCUGUUCAGUAUAGAUGGAUGUAUCUGUAUGAGCGGUAUAUGUUUCAUCUAAAGAAAAUGGUGAAAAAUUUAAGUAGGGUAGAAGGUUCUAUAGUGGCACAGUUUAUCAGAGCAGAAACUUCAAACUUUGCGGAGCACUACUUUCCAGGAGAAGUGCAGACGAAAAGCAGAAAACCCGCUCGGCAUGAUGAUAGAGGCGAAAGGGCAACAUAUUAUGUUACGGUUCCAGACAUCUUCACAGAUGUUGGACGACUCAGCGGAAAACCAAAGAACCGUCAACUUACUGAAGAUGAGCACAGUCAAUUGCAAAUAUAUUUGCUCACCAACUGCGAAGAUGUUUUUCAAUACGAGAGGAUUUUCAUGGCGGAAAAGCGGUUCGAAUAUAGACACGCCACAGAGGAGGAACUAGAAGCACUGAAGAUGAGAGAAUUUGCUGGAUGGAUGCGUACUUAUGUGUCUGAUGGUAUGGCCAGAGGUGAAACAAUUAAUGAUUGGCUACGCGAGAUGAUUUGGGGCCCAAAGUAUGUUGUGAAGUCAUAUCCGAGAUUUGCUUCUCGGGGAUAUGCAUUCACAACUUCUAAGAGGAGACGUUCGAGUAAGACUUAUAAUGCUGGCGUUUGCUCUGCAGCUGGAGAUGAUGUAUACUACGGAAACAUACGCGAGAUUUUGGAAAUCGUGUAUCCGGGCAUGGUUGGAUUGCGGUGCACAGUUUUCUAUUGUGACUGGUACGACAACACUCCGGAUCGAGGUGUCAGAACAGAUGCAUUUGGUGUCACAUCAGUACAUUCGAGGCGAAAACUGCCAUAUUAUGAUCCUUUCAUUCUUGCUUCUCAGGCCGAUCAGGUUUGUUAUAUCAAAUACCCCCGGGUUACGAACAGAGAUGAUCCAUGGGUUACUGUUACAGCACUCAACCCGAGAAGCCGAGUUCAAGGAAGUUCUGAGUUGGAAGACCCACUCCAACCAAACACAUCCGGCAACUUAAGUGCAGCAGGAGAUGUAGCUGCAGUUGAUCUUGUUAUCGAUUUCACCGAUUUUGGAGACGAAGCCGUUGUUCACGUCGAAGAUGAACCAGAGAUUGGAGAGUUUCACCAAGAUCCAGAUUCAGAUUCAUCUGGUGGUGAUGAUGGUGACUCGGGUUCAGAGGAUGAACCAGAGAUUGGAGAGUAGUAUAGUUUUUUUUUUUUUUUUUUUUUUUUUUUUCAGAAUUCCGAGGAAAUUCCGAGGAUCUUGAGGGUUUCCUCGGAAUUUCCUCGGAAUUUUACCUUGUAAAAUCAGAUUUUAGGGAUUUGAUUUUAGGGUAUAGAUUCCUAGGAAUUUCCUGGGAAAAUUCCCAGGAAAUUCCGACGGAUAUCAGCAUUUCGUGGGAAAUUCCUGGGAAUUUUCCCAGGAAAUUCCUAGGAAUUCAGCAUUUCGUCGGAAUUUCCUGGGAAUUUUCCCAGGAAAUUCCUAGGGAAUAAGGAUUUAGAAUCGAAAACACCAAUUUACGGUUCCCAGAAGACUUACGUAAGCCUUAGUAAGUGUCUUCAAUUGAUUAUGGGACAAGACAUUGGUGUUGUACCAAUUAAUGGCCACUUUUCCGAUUGUUGCACCGAGAUCCCCAAACAGCAAUGCAAGAUAAACACUUAUACACUUUAAUGAACCUAAACGACAAUACUUAUACUCGAUUCAAUCAUUUUGUAAUUUGAAUGUUUAUUUGUCAUGUACUAUCAAUAUAAGUCUUGAGAAAACUGCCAAAUUGUUCAAGGAACGGUCUAAAGUUUGUAAAUCAUUAAUCCGAACCCCUAAACUAUGGUUCCUCGGAAUUUCCUGGGAAUUUUCCCAGGAAAUUCUGAGGAACCAUAGGAUUCCUAGGAAUUUCCUGGGAAAUUUCCCAGGAAAUUCCGAGGAACCCAUAAUUCCGAGGGAAUUCCGACGGAAUUCCUGAAUCCCUCGGAAUUCCGUCGGAAUUCUGGUAAACCGGUUCGUAAACCGAAAAUUCCGACAGAAUUCCGAGGGUUUCAUUUUCCGUCGGAAUUUUCGGGGUAAAACCAGAUCUGCGGAUCUUCUUCCCCAUUUCUCUCUUUUCUCUCUUUUCCCUUGGCGAUUUCCGGCUCCUCCUCCUCUCCCUUGGCGAUUUCCGGCUCCUCCUCCUCUCCCUCUUGAUAUUCGGGCUCCCCCUCCACCCCCACUCCCCUAAUCUCUCCCUCCUCCAUGGAUUCUAGUGACCAGAGUGCGAGGGCUCGAUCUCGUCGGGCCCCACCGCGAGGCCGCGCUACUUCGACGACCCCUUCGGAUUCUCGGGUUUCGUCUAGCCGGUCUCGGGGUUCGUCAUCCUCAUCGCAGAGCCCCCGUCCCGCUAUGGUUCAGCAUGCGGCUCCUUCUCCCGCUGCGGCCCCUCAUCUUCCUCACGACUUCCCAGACAUUCCCGAGCCUCAUGUCGCUCCAGGAGUGAUGACUGUUGCACAGCUGGUGCAACAGCCAGGUCGUGACCAUCUCCCUUAUCUCACUCUGUAUCCUAGGGAAGCAGAAGUGGC